UAUGCGUUUUGUAGCUAGCGUGUCUGUCUAGUCAGUCUAGACUAGAGGUAGCUAGAAAGUUCCUUUCUUGUAUGGUGCUCCGCCUGCUAACAAAGUGGUAGCUACAUACAGCUAUCCGCCUAUCAGUAGAGAUCAGAGGAUGGAUACCAGAAGAGAAAAAGAGCAAGAAACCAGCUUCACGAAAAUUACAGCUUUGUUGCUGAAGUCCAGGACAGGAGAAUUUGAGUUGGAGUCAAUUUUGUUCCUUAAACUCAGAAGUCUUGGUGUAUUUGAUCUGGGAUGUAUAGGAGACUGCAAAAGUUUGGAGAGGCUGGAUCUCUCAGGGAAUAACAUUACAAAUUUAACUCCUCUGGCUUCUCUCAGACUGCUUCGUGUGCUUAAUCUGUGUGCCAAUCGGAUUUCAAAUUUAGAACCCAUUUGCAGCUGUGAAAGUCUACAGAGCCUAAAUGUUGCUGGUAACCUAAUUAGCAGUACUGAAAGCCUUCAAUGUCUUCAGUCUAUGAAGAAUCUGGAAAACAUUCGAUUAAAGGACAACACCCAUAAUUACACCAAUCCAGUUUGUAAAAAUCCAUCAUAUAGAAACAUGCUUCUUGAAAUGUUCCCAAACAUCAAAGUAUUGGAUGGUGAAAGAUUGGUGGGACGAGGAAGUGAGCUUUAUCAGCUAUGCAAAGACAUUGAUGAAGCCCUUAAAGCUGGCACCUAUAAAAAUGGGCAGCUGAUGGAAUUGGCUGACUGUAAACCAUGGGUUGAAGACGGUUUCUGGGAAAUAAAGAGGUCCAGCAAUGCUAUCAUUGAAGAGGCCUGUAAACAGUUCAACGAUGUUCUCAGCGAAUGCCGACUCCUGAACACCAAAGCUUCACAUAUGAUCACUCACUCCGAAAGGACCCUCGGCGGCAAGAAUCAGCCAAAGCAGUACGCAGUGUGAAAGCCGCAAAUCUAGCUGCAUAAGAACAACAUUGUGACAUUUACACAUUAAAACUGUGUAGUGAUGUUGUAUCCUAAAUCAAGUUUGUCCUCCCAAGGCAUUUUUUGUGAUUAGCGUUAAUGCUGGAAUCCUUACAUCCUUUCUGUGCUGCGGCAGGGUCCUGUUCAUAGAUUUCAGUGGAGUCCCAACUGCUGUACUCUGUUGGACCCGUUCUCAUCUCAGGAUGCUGUUCAGCUGUUUACCUUGCACGCAAAGCACAAAA